UAACACCUGUCUUCAGGGCGGUUAACUUUGCCAGAGAAAUAAGGGGACGACGUCUUAAUGGAAGUGUUAUUAGAGAAAUAGAAGUGGAUUCAGAGGGUCUAUGUCGACUGCAGUGUGUGGAAGAAAGUUCAUGCGUGUCCUACAACUUUGGAUCCAGAACAAAUAAGAAGUUUAAAUGUCAACUAAGCGACUCUGAUCGCUUCACUAACUUCAAGAAUUUCACCAAAGACAACGAAUUUCUGUACAGAGGAGUGAUGAGCGAUUGUGAGGUCAAUUCUUCCCUUUGUGCAAAAAACGAAAUCUGUCUUCCCAAUUAUAAAGACAACACUGCAGAAUGGAAAUGUCGUUAUGCAUCUGGAUAUACUGGAAAACCAUGCGAAGCACAAAGCUGCCAGCAGCUCCUUAAAGAUGGCGUCACAUCCAGUGGAGUGUACACGAUCAAUCCAGAUGGAGGCAAACCAAUUCAAGUGUUGUGUGACAUGGCCACGGACGGUGGAGGUUGGACCGUUUUUCAGAGACGUUUGGACGGCUCCGUUGACUUCGAUCGUGACUGGAAAACUUACAAAGACGGGUUUGGAAAUCCGAUCGGCGAGUUCUGGCUCGGAAACGACAAUCUUCACCGUUUGACAGCCGCUGAUGACGUCAUGUUGAGAGUUGACUUGGAAGACUUUGAAGGGAACAUCACGUACGCUAAGUACGCCACUUUCGAUGUCACAGACGAGGCAGAAAACUACACGCUCACUCUUGGAGGAUAUACUGGCGAGGCCGGUGACUCCUUCAAAUAUCAUAGUGACAAUCAGUUUUCCACCAAAGAUCGAGAUAAUGACCAGUCAACAGUAUGGCACUGCGCAGAUACACAUGGAGGAGGCUGGUGGUUUGAUAACCCUCAGUGUGUUCAAUGCGAUCUUAACGGUUUGUAUAACGUUAUCAACGGCCAAGCAGGGGUUAUCUGGCAGGCCUUCCGAGGCCUUUACUAUUCACUCAAACGGUCUGAAAUGAAAAUCAAGCCCAAGGAUCAAUGAUGUGUACAUAUGUGUGCUUCCAUUAUCUUAUUACUGAUUUACUAAAAGCUUCUGCAAGUUCACUUACAAUACCAACUUUAUUGACAU